AAGCCUUUCUUCUUUUUCCUUUACUUCGGCGCCUAAUGUUAACCGUUGGCAACCGGCAUGCAUACUUUAUUUGCUAACUGUUCUCUCAAGUCGCCAGAACGACAGAUCAGGCUUCUGACCAGUGAUCUGACUGCCGGCUUCGAUGAUGGCUUGCCUUGCUAUACAUUAAAGGUUCAUGACUGCUUCGAUGCAUGGCCAGAGUAUACGGCUAUUUCAUACACAUGGGGCCCAAGUGCGCCAUCUCUGCGGCUUAGAAUAAAUGGUCAUAUCUUUGAAGUGGGAAUGCAUUGCUGGUAUGCUCUUUGGCAAGUUCGGCACUACUAUGGGGUCUCUUCGCCUGCUAUUUGGAUUGAUUCAAUUUGUAUCAAUCAGGGCGAUGACCGCGAGAAGACCUUGCAAGUAGCUUUGAUGGGUAAGAUUUACUCAAACGCCUCUUGUGUUGCGGCUUGCAUCGGCUCCAGCGAUGUUUUGUCACGCCUUGAGUCAAGUUUGAAGAAGGACGUUCAAUCCAAGUCGGACGUGGUAUUGCAAGAACUUGAUUCCUUGACUUACUUCAGCCGUCUGUGGAUCACACAAGAGCUAGUCCUCGCGUCAAAGAUAUUGCUUCUUUCCGGCUUAGAUACUCUGAGCUGGGAUACAAUUUCAGCCGCGUUAAAGAAUACGGCAGGUUCGGGAUCAAGAGCGCAGAAUGCUGCCGCAGAGUACCGAUCUGGUCAAUCUGCAAGGUUGGCUAGUUUGUGCAGAAGCCGUGCAGCACGAGUUCGCGGCGAGUCACCUCCAGCGAAUUCGCCAGGCAGCUCAACUCUUUUAUCGCUGCUCACAGUCUACAGGCAACUUCGCUGCACUGACCCUCGGGACAAAGUGUAUGCUUUACUUUCGCUCCUUCCAACGGAAGAUCCCGCACGAUUGAUUGUGCCCAAUUACAACAUCAAGACUUUGCAAUUAUUUCGUAUUAUCCAUGAUUUCUGUUGGAAGCACUCAAAAGGACAGGAUAGACUCAACGUGCUCCGAGGACUGCAAGAUGUAGCAGAAGCAAUGACACUCCAGGGCCUGGAGAUCAAUCCCAAUGAAAUAUAUGCAGAGAUGGUAAAUUCUCACGUGCAGGGUGCAGAAGACCAGCAUGCUGGCGUUAUGCACAGAUUACAGCUCCUCUACACAUUCACACUAUCUCACGGAGAGUACGGACCCUGUGAAGAUCUCACGAAUGAAGUGCGUAUGGAAGCAACUGCCAGAAUGUAUUUCCCAAGUUUCAAAGAAGAGGCCUUUUUGAGACAAAAAUUGCAACAACUAAUGCCGGCCGCACUUGCAGCCGACACAACUUUCAAGAUUGUAAGAUUCCAGCCAAAAGAUGGGAUUAUGGAUCGAUGCCCACCCCUGCUAUUGGUUCCAGCGACUGCAAGACCGGGAGAUGUCAUUGCAUGUGCCACUUGGGGCGAGCCAAUACAAUAUCCAAGUUUGUUGAAGCAGAGCAACCUUGUGUCAUGCUGUUUCCCUAUCCUGCGCAGGAAAAAGCAUGAACACACAUUGACUUUGCUUGGCUGGGCCGUUGUGCUGAUGCACGAAUACGGCAAGGCUUGGAAUCUCUCGAUACCGAAAGAUCUGGAUCAAUGCAUGGGGUUUUGGCUGAACCACAUCAUGUCGAUACCCCUGGGAGACCAUAGAAUCAUCAUUCUGGAUUCUGGCUCUGUACUUUUGCACCUAUCAAUGCCAGAUACGUUUGCAUUCGCAUUGCUCAGUCGCGAAGGGACUCUUGCUUUGAGAUACAUUUUACCUUCAAGUUCUUCCUACGUGAACCAUCCUGCGGUAGUCGAUGGUGCCAACCGUUUGAACGAGAAUGCUUCCGAUCCAUUCGGCAUGCACCUGUGGUCUGAAAUCGUAGUUUCACAGCAAUAUCUAGAUCUGGUGUACUCAAGCCUGUGUCAGUCCGCUAUGGCAGCAAUUGAAACAACACCAAAUCAGGCGAGCUUUGCAGUUCAACUGCAAUGCUAUCUGCUGGAAGAACCGAAGGCUAUGCAUCCGGCAAUACCAUUAUGGCUCUGUUUUUUCUACUAUUUUCUUGCCUGCCAUGUCCUUAACAUCGAUCCUGAAGAUGUCAGUUCCGACCAGGCUCACGCUCUAAAGAAUAUCGCACCAGAGAAGCUCGAUGUGAUGCUCUACGCUCUGACCAACACACUUGGAAUAUUAGAGGAGGAUCGUAAAUGGCUCCGGUUUGCGGUCCAGGUCCAGGUGAGGGCCGGCUUGAACAUGCGAAAGCUAGCCACAUUUUUGGAAUUCGAUUUGAAAUACGCAUGGAUCUGCGAUCUCGUCUCAAGCAAGAUGGCUAUGUGGGCGCUUAACAUUCGCAAAAUAGCUGAUUUUGAUUGGGAUAAACUCCCAUGUUAUGAUCGAGAUAAAUUACAAGGGCCCUCCAACGAGCAGGUCCAAAGUCGUUGGGAUUUUCCUGAGGAAUGGUCUCUGUCUUUUAGGGACGCUGAAGUUGCGUCCAAGUCAUUACAAACGCGAGAAAGCGUGAUAAAAGACGAGUUACUUGUCGUUUGCUAUAAAGCCUUGGCAACAUGCCUUGUCGCCAACCAAGCUGAUGAGGAAUAGAGCUCUGCUACAGUUAUUUUGGAGGAAGGGAAGUUCCAAUGAUAAGUAUGACGAGGUAUCCUAAUGCUACUACAACCACCCUGUAUUUAGAUCGGCUCCACCAUACCUGCGCCAUGCUCUCGCUGCUCCCGAUGCGGACGACAUUAUAAUAGUUUAAGCUAGGCAAGAGAUUGCGAAAAAAUACAAAGUCAUAUGAAACCACGGGAAACGAGAAAUCGGACAAAAAGAGACAACCC